AUGGAGUUGACUACUUGGCAAAACCUGCUUUCUGAAUUUGAUAUAGUCUAUGUGAAUCAGAAAGCUGUAAAAUGGAGUACAAUAGUAGAUUUUCUAUCCAGUAGAGCUCUAGAGGAUUAUGAUUCUUUGAACCUUGAUUUCUCAAACGAAAAUCUAAUGUAUAUUGUCACCAUUGAAGAAGACUCUCAAGAAGGCCAUCCUUGGAAACUAAACUUCAAUAGAGCAUCAAACGCUGUGGGUAAUGGAAUCAGGGAAAUCUUGGUAUCCCGAAAUGGAGAUCAUUAUUCUUUUACUAGUAAAAUGGAUUUUGAAUGCACAAAUAACAUGGUGGAAUACAAAGCAUGCGUCAUGGGAAUCCAUGCAGCCAUAGAAUGCGAGAUCAAAGUGCUAGAGGUAUAUGGGGAUUCUGCGCUAGUGAUCUAUCAACUCAAAGGUAAAUGGGAGACGAGAAGUCCGAAGUUGAUUGAUUAUCGAAGAUUGGUUUUUAAAAAGUUUAAUGAUAUCACCUUCUGCUACCUCCCGUGA